ACCGGAAUUWCCCGGAACUGUGUGCGGCAAAUGUACAGGAGGAAACACAUGGCCAGGCACGCUUAUCAACUGCAUAAUAUAGAUCAAAAUAUUGUAUUAAACAUCUGGCUGCUUUACAUUCUAAUUGAAUAUAGUAUAUUUUAAUAGCCCGRCGAGUUAUCUCAGUUCGUUCAUCAUGACGUUGAUGUGCUACAACAAAGGUUGCGGACAACGAUUUGACCCAGACGACAACCCUGGUGAUGCCUGUACCUUUCACCCUGGUGUGCCAGUUUUUCACGAUGCGCUUAAGGGCUGGUCCUGCUGCACGAGACGCACCACAGACUUCUCAGACUUCCUCAGCAUAGAGGGCUGCAGCAGAGGUAUCCAUAACAGAGAGAAGCCAGCGGAGCCGAUCAGGCCGGAGGUGACGAGCUCGGAGGGGAGGAGAGAGAAGGGGGAGGAGCUAAAGCCUCGUGGUGACCCCUAUAUCAUUCAGGCUCCUAAACCACUGGAGCUGAUACACCGACCCAGUGGUGAUGAGCCCCUGGCCAGACUUCAGCAGAAGGUGUUCUCCUCUCUGAGACAGGCGCUGGAGAAACUCCAGCUGGCAGAGAACAGCCAACCUCACAACACAGAGGAAGAGGAGGUGAAGAUUAGCACGUGCUGUAAGAAUGGAGGCUGCUCCAAGUCUUUCUCUGGUCCAGGGAGUAACGAGGAAUGUAAACACCACCCUGGAGUCCCCAACUUCAACGAGGGGGUGAAGUUCUGGAGCUGCUGUAGGAGGAAGACGUCUGACUUUAACUGUUUCCUGGCCCAGGAGGGCUGCACCACAGGAAGUCACCUCUGGAGGAAACCAGACAAGGGGAUGAAGGUGGUACCGUGUAGGUUUGAUUGGCACCAGACAGGCAGCCAGGUCAUCAUCUCGAUCUAUGCCAAGAACUCUCUCCCAGAGCUCAGCUAUGCAGAGGCCAAUGGCACCACGGUGAUCAUCCAUGUGGUCUUUGAGGGAGAGAAGGAGUUUGAGCAGAAGAUCAACUUAUGGGGGGUGAUCGAUGUGAGUAGCAGCGUGGUGAACAUGAUGUCUUCCAAGAUGGAGAUCUCUCUGGGGAAGGAGGAGCCAAUCACCUGGGCCCGUCUGGACCUGCCCUCUCCCACAGACACGCCCACUGAGGGGGGGAAAGGGAUCGGAAAGGGGGAUGUGUAGAACUAGACAGAGAAUGAAAUCUGGUACAUGCUCCCCCCAUAUGUGUUAAUGAACCUGUUGAAGAUGGGCUGAGAGCAGUAUGUAUAUCGUACAUACGCAGGACUUUCUGUAUUUUUCUGACAUUCUGCGGAGGCUAAACUUCACUGAAACACUGUCUGAAGGCAAUAACCAUCAGGUCUUCCUCCUCACUUGAAAAGAGAUGCAGGCAUCCCUCAUCAGGAUCUGUAGCUAAGGAGCAAUUGGGGACAGCCAGUCAGAAUGUAAACUGUUCUCACUCACACACACCAGAGGAGGACGGGCUCAUUGUAAUGGCUGGAAUGAAUUGAAUAGAGUCAAUGUGGUUUCCAUAUGUGUUUGUGUGUGGAAUAAAUGAAAAGGUAUCACAGUCCUCCUGUUCUUUGUCAAUUGCAUUUGAGACUAUUUGUGCCAUUUAUUGAUAUCUAUUGCCUUCCAGAAAAUGUAACCUGUCAAAUGAAGUUCUCUUGCUUUAACAGUCUUUGUUUUACAGUACUUCUGUGAUUUAGUUUCACUCUUUGCUUUCUGUAGUUAGCUUUAUUUGCCUUGUUUUGUAUGAAAACAAUGUGCUCUCCCACAAACUUAAUAAAACUCUGAACCUACAUUGUAA